UCUUGUCACUUGACCCUUUAUAUGGUAAAAGUAGUGUUAUCGGACGGGAACCCACUGAUUAAAUUUCCAUACUGUGAUUGAUAAUAAACCUACGCACUUUAGCGAUCUGGCUGUCUCAAAUAUUAUUCUAAAUAGUUUGUUUGUUAACUUUGGCUUUGGUUUUUAACAAUAAUGGGAGACGGCAAGUCAACAUUAGAUCUUAGUGGAUGUAACAAUGGUCUUUGGCUCGUAAAGGUCCCAAAAUAUAUAUCAGAACGAUGGGAAAAAGCAGACAGCUCAAGAGAAAUUGGUCACCUGAAAAUCGGACAGCGGUUUGGAAAGCCAGAUAUAGCUUUCUCAAUGAAGGGGAAGCUGGCUGAUCUGAAGAUGAAGGAAGACGACACAGGUAUACCGGCUGAGAAUAAAUUCCACAUCCUCAGUGCUUCAGACAGGACUCUUAUGGUCUUCUCAGAGAGAAAUGACGAAAUGUCCGAGCAGGGGGACUCAUCAUCAAAAUCAGAUAUUGCUAUAGAGGGAAAAGUGGCGUCCAGAUUGGAGUGUAGACCGCUAGCUGACGACCUUUACAUGAAAAUGAAGAGAACCCAUUUUGAGAAUGCACAUAAACCCACCAGGAUGACCAAGCUUGAGGACAGAGUGCAGACAUUCAAACCUAUCAAGAACCACAUUGGCAAUAUUGAAUAUGAUAAAAGGAAGAAGGAGGAGGGCAAGAGGUCGAGGAUGGACAAAGAUAAAGUCCAGGAUAUUCUCUUCAAUGCAUUUGAGAAACAUCAGUAUUAUGCUUUCAAAGAUCUGGUAGGACUCACACAACAGCCAAGUCCCUAUCUGAAAGAAAUCCUUAAAGAAAUUGGCAUUUACAACAUGAGGGCGCCACACAAACAAAUGUGGGAACUGAAGCCGGAGUACAGGCACUAUACAGAGGGGGAUAAGAAGGAAGAUACUAGGUAGUAGUCUGGUGCCUUGCCUACGGUGCACACAAACUCUCUACAAACUCUUGAUGGAGCGAAUUUGACAUGUCCGACAGCCCAGGAAUUUCAUCUUUGAACAUGUUGAAAGGGCAAGGCCAUUUUCAUUUUGCAAAGGGAAACUUUUGAAGGGCACCAAGGCCAAGACCAGGGGCAACAGGCCAUGGCCUCUGUGUUAUUUCAGCCCUGGUCUGAUAGAUGACUACAUGGAGAACGGAUAGUUUCAAAGAUAACAUGAGCUUGAGCAUGAAUUUUAUGGUCUGGAAGUUUCCCGGGACACGAUUGUUUUUUGUAUAAACAAUUAUUUCCGCUGAUUUGCAGAAUGGACAGGGACAAUGUUACGGUUAUUUGGCUGAUUAGUUCUUGGCCAUAUCCUUCAAAAUACUACAUGAAUUUCAAAACCCAAAUGUUGUGACUCGGUUAGGAUUUGUAUUUCUGGCCCAAUUGUAAGAGUGGCUGGGCCCAAUUUCAUGAAGGCCGGUUUAUAGUCGGUCGCGCGAUGGUCGGGCGAUGGAAAUCUUGACGCG